UCAGAAACUUCACAAUGUCGCUCUACUCGAAAUCCAAAACCCUCAGCGUUUAUGGUGGAGCCGGUGGCCAAGGAACUUGCAUCUCCUCUGCUUCGAGGCCUCUUAAUGCCUCUUCAAGGGGUUUCAGUCUGGCUGAUGCUGUGGAUGUGUCAGCUGACGAGAAGGCCACCAUGCAGAAUCUGAAUAACCGUCUAGCCAGCUAUCUGACAAAGGUGCGCUCGCUGGAGGAGUCCAACAUCGAGCUGGAGAGAAAGAUCAAGGAGUGGUACGAGAGUCACACGUACGUCGAGCAUUUAUUCAGGACCUGGUGGAUAAGUUCCCAUCCACAGGAGAUGGCUCUGGCUAGAGCCGAAGCUGGAGGUCAGGUGAACGUUUGUGUGGAUGCAGCUCCCUCUAUGGACUUGAAUCAGGCCAUGACCAAGAUCAGAGAACACUAUGAGGCUCUGACUGAGAAAAACCGUAAAGAGCUGGAGUCCUGGUAUCAGAGAAAGAUCACCACAGUGCAACAGGAAGUGAUCACUCAUAAUGAAGAGCUUCAGGUCAGCAGAACACUUCUGAAAGACUUGCCUGUCAAGUUCCAGAGACUACAGAUUGCACUGCAGUCCCUUCACAGCAUGAAAGCAGCCGAUGAGGGGACGCUGGAGGAAAUACAGGCCCGUUAUGGGGCAGAGUUAGCGAGUCUCCAGGCCACGGUCACCAGCCUGGAGGAACAGCUGAGUCUUUUCCAUGCUAACAUUGCCAACACCAAGCAGGAGUAUGAGACGCUGCUGGACAUCAAGACCCGGCUGGAGCGUGAGAUCGCCGAGUACAGGAGACUGCUGAAUGGAGAGGAGAGUGAAAAACACAAAGUUGUCACCAAAACUAUCACAGUGGUGGAAACUAUUGUGGAUGGGAAAGUUGUGGAGAGCAGCGAGCAGUUGGAUGUCAAUGAGAAAACAAACUAAUCUGCUCAAAAUCAUUAUCAUAUUUAGACUUCAGGUGUAAAAAUCAUCAGACCACGUUUGUGCAGAAGCUCUGUAUUGCUAACUUGAUGAACUUAAUUUAAUGUUCAAGUAAAAUUUAAUGUUGAAUGUUAGUUUGUUAAAGUAGACAGACAGUGCCCUGGUAACUUUCAGCUUUUGAGAUAUCAACUCUGUGAUUCAGUCUGCAUGUUUAAACCAAGUGUU